AUGAGUCUGGGCAUCAUGGAGGAAGAAGAUCUGGCCGAGUACUUCCGGAUGCAGUAUGGGGAGCGGCUGCUACAACUGCUGCAGAAGUUCCCUAACAUAGAGGAGCAGUCGGACUCUCCAUCCAUCCAGCUCCUGGAGAAGAAAAAGGAGGCCAAGAUUAUGCACCAUGCUAUGGAACAGAAGAAGGAGACAUUUCAACGCAAAAUGGAAACUCUGAACCUGCGCUGGGAAGAACUGGGCGUCAAGGAGGCCCAACUGAAGGCCCAUAUUCAGAAAUUUGAGCAGUUCAUCCAGGAAAAUGACCAGAAACGAAUCCGUGCCCUGAAGAAAGCCAACAAGGAGCGUGAGCUCAAGAGGCAGUAUAUGCGUGAGUUGGCUAAGGCCAAGCAGGAGAUGGCGACCCUGCGACAAGAGCACCAUCGACUCAGCAGCCGACUGCAGGAUUACUCCAUCUUCAACAAGUACCUGGAGAAGGUGGUAGAAAACUCUGAGUUUGAAGAGAUCCAAGAGGUGAUUGCACGUUACAAGACGUUGGUGAGCAUGCACCAUGACCUCAUGCAGUCUGCACAGGAGGGCCAGGAGAACAUUGAGCAUGCCAAGGCGCGACUGGCACGCUACAUGGAAGAGAAGGAUGAUGAGAUCCUGCAGCACAACAAUGAGCUGGCACGCCUGCAAAUGCGCUUCGACCGUGCCCGCAGUGACGUCAUCAUCUGGGAAUCCCGCUGGGCUCACAUCCAGAACACAGCAGCCAAGAAGACUCUUCUGCUCGGCACCAUUAAGAUGGCAACACUAAACCUUUUCCAGAUCGUGAGCAAGCAGCUGAAGGAGACCACCUCUGUGUCCUUGGAAGACACACACAAACAGCUGGACUUGAUUCAGCAGUUUAUCCAAGACCUGUCAGACAUCUGGACAGAGGUAAAGAAGAAGGAGCAACUGCAAGUUCGGAUUUAA